AGGGGCGCGUCUCAAGUGUAAAAGCGGAGGAGUGGGUCGCCACUUCCGUCGUCUCAGCCUGCCUGCCUGGCCACCAACACGAGCGUUCAAAACCCAGGAGCUAUCCAGCACAUCCUAGCUUUCCCCCCUUCUAUGGCUCUAUCUCAUCCUGAUAACAAAGCAGAAACAGUAGCUGUAGGCCUCAUCAGUUACCUUCCCGCACGUUCUGCCACCCAUAGUUUAUCAAUUUUAUCAACCUAUAUUAAUAAUCCCUCGAUUAUGUUUUCCACUCUGAUCGAGCUCACCCUAUCGCCUGGCAUGUGUGUAUAGUACUAUAAUACACUCUCCCAAUCUUGUUCUCUCCUCCUACUCAUCCUCUCUGUCUUAAGAGGAGGCCAGUCCGGAGGAAGAAGGGACAGGAGGAGACACAGACAGAGAGAGAGGGGCAGGAAUUCAAUUCCACCGACCCACGCACCUCUAGGUCACCCCGCUCCCACCCCUUUCCUCCAUUUACCUCCACCUAUAUAGCUCCCCAUAAUUCCCCGGGCCUCCCCUCUCUUGUUAGGAGUACACACUUCUCCUUAGAAUUGGAGCUGUACGAGCCACCCAGCAACUUUCUUCAUCAUCUUCUUCAGCCCUCGCUCUGUCCGUCGACACAGCAGCUUUGCUUGCCACCAAGCUAGCCAUGCAGGAGGAGUAAGAGUACAACCGUAGGAGAGAGAGAGAGAGAGAGAGAGAGAGAGAGAGCUAACACCACCCCGAUUCCACCCACCACUGUCCCUAGCUAGCUUAUUUACAGGCGUUCGUGAUCGCCAACAGCUUCUCGUCAGAAAGAGUGCAACGGGCCGGCCGGGCAGAAGAGGUAGCUGGGAGCUAGAGAGAAAAAAAAAAGGUGCACCGAGCAACCCAGGCCAGGGAGGAAGGGAGGAGUGAGCCGUCAGUCGACCGUUUCCGGCGAACUCACAGGUGAGUCAUCAGUCGAUCGCCGGCGGUGCUUAUCAUGUGCAAAAACUAGCCAUUUUCGCCUGCAAGCCACAUGGAUGGGUAUUGGUAAAUGCGUGAAUACGAUGAACUAGAAAAAAAAUCUGACUGAUCGCUGGCAGGAGCAAGAAUCGCAUCAUGUGUGCUUGUUUUUGGCCUCUCUUCUCUGUUUUGCCUUUUGCUUCCUCGAGUCGUCCCAUUUUCUGAUAGUAGCCGGCCGGCCGGCCGGCCUGGCUCGGCUGGCGGCGAAUUGUCGCCGGCCGGCUUCUUCUUCAUUGCCGUACCCGGUUGGUUCAUCAUCCCAUUCCCAUGCACAUGCCUGUAGUUGCACAGCUCAAUCAGGCGUCUUCAAAGUUCAAACUCCAUUCCUGGGAUAGAAAAUGAAAAAAAAGACUGCACAAAAAAGAGGGGCUUCAAUUUGGACUGUUGUUUCUGAAUCGAAUUACAAGACUGCACAGAAGAAUUGCUUUGCUAAGAGGGAAUUGAAGGGACUAGGGAGGGAGGCUGCAGAAGCUUCGCAGUUUACAAGGACAUCUUCGGAUGCGCUGCUGCUGCUGCUGCUGGCCUUGGCUGGGCCUUUGUUGUCCUGGUAAAUGGACAGACGCGUCUGCGUGAAUUGGUGGGAUCGGAAUUGACUGGGUGAAGGGGAGGAAGAGGAACGGAGGAUGCUGGGUCACACGGCAUUCCGUUCCAGACCCAGCAGCCUUGCCUUGGUUUUCCACAGCGUCCUUGUCUGUACCUUUUGCAUGCAUCCCCCCCAUGCUUUUACGGAUAUACGCUUCCAUCCUUUCCUUCCUUCCAGUCUGGAUGGAUCCUUCUCUAGAAGCAGAGGGGACAGGGAGACAGUGCAAAAAAGAAGAAGAAAAAGUCCAAAUCCAUGGUUGCUCGUUCCUGGCUGGAUUGGAAGGGGUGAAAAGAUAAAAAUGUGUAUAGUAAAAGACACGGAUAACAACGCAAAAUAGUUAGUUAUAAAAUAUACUCAAUUCGUCCCAAUAUAUAAUACAUAACUAUAUCUGAUUUAAAGACCAAAAAUACAUUUAAUUCUCUAUAUCACUACGUCAAUAUAAAUGUGCAUAGAGAUUGGAUAAAAAUAAAAAGUGAUUUAUUUUGAGACGAAGUGAGUAGUACAAGUAUAGCAGUACUAGUAAGGGCAUGUACAGUGGUGUUUAAUGUGGGGGCUCUUAAGGUGUUUUAGUGGGUUAUUUGCAAAAUAAUCUUAGAGCCGUCUCUCCGUGAAGAGACGCCUCUGGCUCGUAAACCAAGUAACAACAGACGCCUCACUUCCCACUGUACGAAUUUGUCGUCUAUUCUAUCGAUCUGAUGCUAUACAAAUACAUUUAAUUCUGUAUUUAUUAAUAGACUACGUUUAUAGACACUCCAUUGUACAAUAUAGUCUCUUAGUUGUAUCCUGUGCUUGGAGAACCGUUUUGGUGUCUCUCCACUGUACAUGCCCUAAAGAAAAAUGGCAGACGAGAAUUCCUCGGGGUUCUCACCGGAGGACCUGGGCAAUAAUUAGCCACUUUACCGAGGGUGGAAGCCGCUUCGGCUCGAAGCCGCCGGCUGAGCUGGCAGCCCCGAGUGACGCGUCGCGACCAAUGGCAGCACGCCGCGUCAGCGCACCCUCUUUUUUGACAAAUUCCUUGUGCUGGUCGCUUUGACUUUUACGCCGGUGCACAAGCACCACAGCACGUCCUUGGUGGUGAAUCAAUCAAACGCUCCGAUUUUUCCACCGUCGUUUGUUCGUAUUAUUUUACUACUACUACUACUGCAGUACAGUAGUCUAUAUAUAUUAUUCAAAUUUUUACCGUAUCGUGCAUGUACUGUGCUUCCAUCUGGUCGCAUAUGCUUGCUUCGGAAUAAAGAAAUAGUGUGGAAAAAAAAUGGACGCGUCACAUGCGCUGCUCACAUGGUGGGUGGGCCCCGCGCCCGGCGCGCAUCAUCAUGCACCGCAUCCGAGUACACAUGGAGCCCGCGCUGCCGUCACUUGAAUUCAGUUGAAAUUGGGGGAUAUAUAAAAUCUCCCCCUCCGACCCUCCUGUCCCGCUCCUCUUCUAUUUGUUCGUUUACAGCCCCCCAGCUCAUCAAAGAUCACAUUUUGAGCACUGCUAUAUAAACAAAGUUGGCAGGAGUCGUAGAUUAGCAGGCCGCCCGUCUAUUUUUUUGUUCAUGUUUUGAAAGUGAAGGAGGAUUUGGGUGGGCAACGUCUACCUCUGCCAAAAAUAAUCGGCGUCCAUAUGCAGGCGUCGUAUCUUUGGAAUAAGUGAAUAGCAGGCAGAUGGCAGGCGGCGGAUUCGUGGAGGACAUGAUGAGGGAGCAGAGCCUGCUGGAGGCGACGUGCGGCGACCUCUUCGACCACAUCGACGACCUCCUCGACUUCCCCAACGAGGACUCCGCCGCCGCCGUGCUCCUCCUGGACGCGCCGGCGCCCGGGAGCCCGCUGUCGGCGCGCAUCAUCGACGUCGGCCGCGCCGGCAAUGCGCUCGCCCCGCCUGCUGCCCCCGCGCAGCACGACGCUUCCGCUAGCGCCUUCUUCGCCGCCGCGGGGAACGAUGUGUUCGACACCAAGGACGUCGUCGGCGCACACAUCGGCUCGUGCGACGACAUUGACAUGGACAUGGCGCAGCUGGAGUGGCUGUCGGGGCUCUUCGACGACGCCUCCAUCCCGCACGAGCCGGUGUUCCCUGGCGCGACGGCGGGCGGCGCGGCGCCCAUCAUGAAGAGCUCCGCGCUGGCGGCCGGCGCGCUGCUGCCGCAGGACAAAAUGGAGGACGCGCUGCUGUUCCGCAGCUCCAGCCCCAUCUCGGUGCUGGAGCACGGCAGCGGUGGCAGCGGCAGCGCCAGCGCCACCGGCUCCGCGUCCUCGUCCUCCUCCUCGGCGUCGUCCUCCUCGGAGUCCUUCUCCGGGAGUGGGAGUGGGAGUGGCGGAGGGCAUGUUUGGUCGGCGCCAGUGUCGCCGCGCCCGGCGCCGCCGCCGGCGCUCGUCAUACCGGCGCGCGCACGGAGCAAGCGCUCCCGUUCGUCCGCGUUCACCGGAGCCGCCGCGCGCGCCGGGGCGGAGACGCCCACCAUCCUCGUGCCGACGCCCAUGUACUCCUCCGGGUCGGCCCACUCGGACCCCGAGAGCAUCGCCGAGUCCAGCCCGCACCCGGCGCCGCCCAUGAAGAAGAAGAAGAAGGCCAAGAAGCCUGUGGUCCCCGCGCCAGCUGCCUCUUCUGACGACAACGAUGGCGACGCCGACUACGAGGAAGGCGGCGAGCAAACGGAGCCGCAGGGCGGCGCCGUCAGGAGGUGCACACAUUGCCAGAUCGAGAAGACGCCGCAGUGGCGCGCGGGGCCGCUGGGGCCCAAGACGCUCUGCAACGCCUGCGGCGUGCGCUACAAGUCCGGUCGUCUGUUCCCGGAGUACCGCCCCGCGGCGAGCCCCACCUUCGUGCCGUCCAUCCACUCCAACUCGCACAAGAGGGUGGUGGAGAUGCGCCAGAAGGCUGUCCGGAGCGGCGACCCGUCGUGCGACCUUCUCCAUUUCAUCCGCCGCCGGGAUUGACGUCCCGGCAUGGCGUCGCCGGACUGUCGGUCGGUCUCGUCCCCCAUAUAGCUAUAUAUGUAUGCAUGCAUGGUUGCUUCAUCAGUCGUCGUCGCCCAUCAUGGUCAUCAUCACCGCUUCACCGGUCACCGCCAUGGAUCGUCUCCCGCCCAUCAUCACAUGCAUUGGUUUGUGUCAGCAUCCAUCCAAUCCCAAUCCAUCGCCGGGCGUCCCGACGUUGUUAGUUCAUUAGGUCUUUUUUUUCCUCAUCGGGGGCUAGUGUUAUUUUACCUUUGAUCCUUUUGUCUAUUGGUUAAUUGGUUCCCCCUGGAUGUUUUUUGUUUGUAUAGAGAGUGAAAAAGAGAGAAGAAAUAGAUGAGUCAGAGUGGUUGCUGCAUUGCAAUUGCAGUUGCUUGCAAGCUAGGUAGGUGAGAAGGAGAGCUAAACCAGCAGCAGAGGGAGACAGAUUUAGAGAGGAAACUUUGCAGCUAGUCAGUCAGUCACUUAGAAAAAAAACAAGGAGAGUGCUUGAAGCAGGUGAAAGGGCAAUUUGUUGGUUUGCUAAUUAGAAGAGAGGUUCUGUCAGGUCAGGUCAGGUAGUUGCUAUCAUUAUUCAUGAGGAUUUUCAAACUUAAUAGGGGGACAGCCAUCAUCCAUCAUAGUUUGUAUUUGGAACUUGGUAUACUGAACUCUGAAAAUUCUUUUUGCAGUUCAUCUAUGCUUAGGGAU